AUGUACAUUCCUAAACACUAUAACGAGGAUAAAUGGGACCAGAAGGAACUGCUUAUUGUGCACCACCCGCUUGGAACGUUGGUGACGUUCGAAAACGGCAGGAUCAUCGCUAACCAUAUUCCUUUCUACCUCCACACCGAUAAGGAAACAGGCAAACGGUACUUGCAAGCGCAUUUGGCGAAGAAGAACCAUCAGUUGCCUUCGCUUCAGGCGAACGAACACGUUUUGGUGAUUUUCCAGUCGCCAGAUUCGUAUAUUUCACCGUCUUACUACCCAGAGAAGGAGAGAACACACAAGUUUGUGCCCACAUGGGACUUUGCGUCGUUGCAUGUUUACGGAAAGCUGCGUGUGGUGGACGACUUUGACUUUGUUAGGCAGCAGUUGGUGAAUUUCACGAACCAGAAUGAAGUCGGGAAGGAGGUUCCUUGGAAGGUAUCUGAUGCUCCAGAAGGGUACCUUAAAAUCAUGCAAAAGGCAAUUACGGGGCUUGAAAUUGAGAUCGAGGAGACCGAAUGUAAGUAUAAGUUUGAGCAGAAGAUGUCCAGGGAGAAUAUAGAUGGUGUUGUGAACGGUUUGGCUAAAGAUGGGGUUAGUGAGGUUUCCCACUUGGUCAAACAGAGCAAUGAAAAUUGA